CAUAUACACCGUGGUUGUGCUGCCGCUGCUGCUGUCUUCUCAUAUAUUCGAAAAUUCAUCUGAAAGAUUCAGACAUUUUCGUUUGUCGUCGUUCUCUUCGAAUUCGAUUUGUGAUAAAUCCAAAAAAGAUUUUAUUUUUUGAUUUUCUUUUUCCAGUUUUAAAAUUCGUUAACAAUCCAUCAUCCGGUCCGAAUUGAGUGUUGUACAUAAAGUCUGUGAAAUGAAUUCAAGUGGUCAAUUGAAAUCGGUGAAUUAAUCGCGAUUGUCGUCUUCUUUAUUUAAAAAAAAGCCCAGCAAACAUUGAAUUCAGCAUUAGAGAUCUCGAAACAAACACCGUUUUGUUUAACAUCUUCUAUUUCUUGUAUAUUGUAAAAAUCAUAUCUAUUUCAACGGCACAUAAAUAGGGAAAAAACCGUACAUUUGAAUGUGUGAAACGAUUUUUUUGUUAUUGCGAUACUGAAUAAUACAAAAACGAAGUAAAGCUGAAUGCCAAAAUAAAAGAGAGUGUGUGUGAAAGAGAUAGAGAGGUAAAAAAAUAGGUACGCUGAAAUGACUGUCAAAUAGAGAGCUGGAGACGAUACGAAAUAUAUAUGAAAGGUAGACAGUUAGAUUGGAGAAAAAAAUAUGUCAAGUUUCUGUGUAUUCGCUUUUGACAGAAGCUAGUUUAUAUGUGCAGCUGAAAAAAAAGCAUCCAGUGUUUAAAAUUGCGCCAAAUAAAACGUGUCAUAUAGCGUCAAAUAGAUAUAUAAACACACCACGAUUAGGAAAUAAUCGAACGGGAUUUAUUUUAGAUAUACACAAAAAAAAUCGAAGCAAAGAACAAAAAUGGAUAGCGAUAGCGAUGAUGGUGCGACUAUUAGAAAAAAAUCACAUCGAAAUCGACGCCUUGAAAGUAAUAUUACCUCAAGUGAUGAUGAUUCCAAUGCAAGUACCGUACCAGUUGAUUUUGAUGCACUCAAAAAUGAUACAACGUCCAUGAUCAUUGACGAAGCUCAUGAUGCUGAUGUAGCAUCAGCCACCGAAGAAAUAGAUACAGGCGAUCCAUUGUUACUGCCAUCAAAUGUUGAAGCAAAUCAAAUGCCGCACGAUGAAUCAAAUGAGAUUGAAACAAAUGCAGAAGCGGAUUGUGAUGUUCAAAAUGUGAUAAUCAAUAAUGAAAAUGAAGUUGAAAACACAGUAGGCCGCAUCAAAUUAGUACCGUUAACACAGUUGUUAACACAAAACGAUGAACAGCAGGAUAAAUCAAAAAAACCAAUCGAGCUGAGCUCAGACAACAGCAGCAGCAGCAGCAGCAGCAGCGAUGAAUUGUUGUCAAGACUCGCGAAGCCAAAAAGUUCAAAGAAACGAUUUUCAAAAACUCGACAUACCAAACGAAAUACAAAUCAGAGCACCGAAGAUGAAUCGGACAACGACUCAGUUUCAAGUCAAAAUCACAAAUCCAAAGCACAUAAAUCAAAACCAAAUGAAAAACAUGAUUUGUAUUCGUCAAAAAUUCAAUUAGUUAAAUUACCCGUAAAUUUGGAACCCUUGCUCAAACGAUACGAUCUUAGCGAAAUUCGUGACAACGAUCAAACGGUUAUUGUGUCAAGAGUUAAAACGCAUCGUAAUGAGAAAAAAUCGAAUUUUAAACACGCAUUGAAUGAUGGAAGCGACGAUACCAGCGACAACGCCAAUAAAUUGAAAAGAAAUCAAACAAAGAAACAGAAGCAAAACGAUGAUUGUAUGCCAACCACUUCGAAGAACUCGAAGAACUCUAACAAAGAAAAGAGAUCGCAACGAAUUCAAAAACAAAAACCAUUGCACUACAAUAUUUCAUCUGACAGCGACGACACCAACAACAGCAACAGCAACAGCAACAACAACAACGACGACGAUUACGUUUCAGACGACGACGACUACGACGACGACGACAUCAAUAAGAAAAAAAUGCGGAAAAAGAACGUUCCAAAAUCGUCAAAUGAUGUCACCGACUCGACUGACGCCUCGACAAAUUCAGAGGAUGACAUCGAGGAAAGUGAGAAGAGCAGCGAAAGUGAACCAAACAUUCGAAGCAAAAGAAAACGCCAAAUUACAAAAAAGAGUAGCGAAGAUGACGAUGACGACGAUUAUCCAAAACCUGCAAAGCACAAACGUCGCAAGCGAAUCAAAAAUAAUUCGAGCAGUAGCGAUGAUGACGGGGACAAGGGCACGCCGAAGAAGCAUGGUCGAAAGAAUAUUCGCAAGAUGAUACGAAGUGCCGAUUUGGAAGAGGAAACAAAAGAGGCUGCCAAACGUGAGGCCGAGCGUAAAAAGCGUAUUGAAGACAGACAGAAAUUGUAUAAUGAAAUGUACGAUAACAAAUUGGAAGAAAUCAGUGAGCUUGAUAAAUUGGUGUUGGAUUUUGAUACUGAUACAAAGCAAGAAUUGAUUUCGGUUGAUAAGAAAUUGGUGAAAAAAUUAAAACCGCACCAGGGCCAAGGUAUCAAAUUCAUGUGGGAUGCUUGUUUUGAAACGCUUGAAAAACUCAAUGAGAACCAUGGCGGUGGCUGUAUCCUUGCCCACUGUAUGGGCUUAGGUAAAACAUUACAAGUUGUAACAUUGGUGCACACACUAUUGACACACAGUGAUAAAACGAACGUUGAAAAGGUGUUAAUCAUUUGUCCUGUGAGCACAGUUCUGAACUGGGUGAACGAAUUUAAAAUUUGGCUACGUCACUGCAGUCAAAAUCGAAACAUUGAAAUUUUUGAAAUUUCCAAAUACAAACAAAAUGCAGAACGUGCAUAUCGAAUCAGCGAAUGGCACAACGAUGGUGGUGUACUUAUUUUGGGGUACGAUAUGUUUCGAAAUUUAUCGAACGAAAGUAAUCGAAUUCCGAAGAAAGCAAAAACCAUCUUUCAAGAAGGUUUAAUUCAACCGGGACCAGAUUUGGUGGUGUGCGAUGAGGGUCAUUUAUUGAAAAAUGCCAAAACAUCGUUGAGCAAAGCGGUGAAUCGUAUUCGAACAUUGCGUCGCAUUGUGUUAACUGGUACGCCGCUUCAAAAUAAUCUCAAUGAAUAUUAUUGUAUGGUGCAAUUCGUAAAGCCUAAUUUACUUGGUAAAUACAACGAGUAUUUGAAUCGUUUUGUAAAUCCAAUCACCAAUGGUCAAUAUACCGAUUCAACACCGUUUGAUAUACAAAUGAUGAAGCGUCGAUCGCACAUUCUCCACAAAUUGCUCGACGGAUGCGUACAGAGACGAGAUUACUCGGUGCUUGCACCCUUCCUUCCACCAAAACAAGAAUACGUGCUUUAUAUUCGAAUGACCAAACUUCAAGUGGAUUUGUACAAGUAUUACAUGGCCAAUCGACCGGCACAAAAUGAAUCGGGGAAGACUCGUUCAUCGAUUUUAUUCCAAGACUUCCAAAAUCUACAACGAAUUUGGACACAUCCUCGUGUAUUAAGAUACAACAGUGAUCGCUAUGAACAAAUGGCGCAAAAGAAAAAAUUCAUGGCAAGUGAUGAUGAAGAGGGUUCGCUGAAGGACUUCAUCGAUGACGAUGACGACGAUUCCGAUUUGGAUAACAGUACAUCCGACUCAUCGGACGCAUCAUCAAAUGAUUCAUCUGUGCAAUCGGUUCACUCGGACAAACCGUCGAAUAGCAAAAAGUCACAAGCGUCGAAUAGCGUAGCUGUGCGCCGAACCAGAGCAACGGCCAAGGACUUUGAGGAAGAGCCAAUUGAGCCAAUCAAAGAAGAGAAUCCAACCGAAUGGUGGAUGCCAUUGUGCCCUGAAGAAGAAUUGAAUAAUAUUGAGUAUUCGGGAAAAUUGAUGCUGCUUUUCUCAAUACUUGCGGAAUGUGAAGCUUGUGGUGACAAAUUACUUGUUUUUUCGCAGAGCUUGUUUUCACUCGAUGUCAUCGAACAUUUUUUGGCAAUGAUCGAUGAAAAUACACAAAAUCCGAAUCCAGAUGCAAAACUGGGCUCUUUUACCGGCAGUUGGACACGUGGCAUUGACUAUUUCCGCUUGGAUGGAUCAACUAACAUUGAAACGAGAAAUGCCAAUUGCAUUAGUUUCAACAGCGAAGACAACUCGCAAGCAAGACUCUUUUUAAUUUCGACACGUGCUGGUGGGCUUGGUAUUAAUUUAGUGGCAGCCAAUCGGGUCAUUAUAUUUGAUGCAUCAUGGAAUCCAUCGCAUGAUAUUCAAAGCAUUUUCCGAAUAUACCGUUUCGGACAAAAGAAACCAUGCUACAUUUACCGAUUCAUAGCAUUGGGCACAAUGGAAGAGAAAAUUUAUGAGCGUCAAGUCACCAAGUUGGCUAUAUCAAAGCGUGUCAUCGAUGAACAUCAAAUCGAUCGACAUUAUAAAGAGAACGAUUUGAAUGAAUUGUACAACAUUGAAAAUAUCGAUCCAGAAGAAGAACGUCCCCAACCGAAAUUGCCAAAGGAUCGAUUGUUUGCUGAACAACUUCACAAAUAUCCAGAUCGAAUUUGGAAGUAUCACGAACAUGAUUCAUUGCUCGAAAAUAAAUCGGAAGAAACACUGUCAAAAGAGGAAAUCGAAGCUGCGUGGAAAGAAUUUGAAGAGGAGAAAAAUCGACCAGCUGUUACUGCACAAAGUUUUGUUGGCUAUCCAACUUAUCAACGAGCCGCCGGCGCUGGUCCAGUUACGUCAAACAAUAUAUUUGGUUUUCGUACGGAUAUUUUGUUGCAAUUGCUAAACAUAAAAGCACGCCGCACUUAUCCGGGCAACCAAAACAUUGCGGAAAUAGUUCCUAUACUUCUGAAGCACUUGUACGAAACGAUGGAAAAGAAUGACACAUCGUUUUAUCAAGAGUUGCUGUACAUCCAGCAAACGGAAAUGGCAGCGCCGUCUCAAGGAAGCUAUCUAACGCCUCAAGGUCAUAUAAUGCCCGCGUAUUCGGGACGUGGUCGACCGCCUUUAAAUCCACAACACAGUACGGUUCAUAUGCAACAGCAGCAUUUAAUUCAGCAGGCACAAAAUAGGCUAAUGAACAUGAAUGGAAAUCCGGCACGGCAAGCCCCACCUCGUGUAUCACCACAAAUCAUCGAAAUCGAUUAGAUGUGAGCUGUAUCAAUCAUCCCAUUCAAAUCUUACCCCAUCGCCCCCUUCCACGAAGUCGAUCAACACUGAGAACACCAACGGCUUUUAUUUUCAUCGUAAUUGAAAAAAAGAAACAUGGAUCCAUAAUCGAUCUCUCUAUUGUUUUCUCUUUGACUCCUCUAAAUUGAAAACAGAAAGUUUGUUUAACAUAUAGACCAAUCCCCCAUAGAAUAAUUUUGAUUUUUGAACAAAGUAAACAACAACCACACCGUAUUUAUAAUAUCAUAUUGAAAAAAAAACAACAAAUUUUGAUUCAAAUCAUCUGUCACUCGAUUCGAUCGAGAUCGCAUCACAAUGAUUUAUAUUAAUUAAAUUUAAUAAAAAAUUAAUUUUAUGAAUAUUGUCGGCAAAAUAUAUUUCUUCAAAUACUCAUUCGGUAAUUUAAUGCCCUUAUUUUGCGCAACAACAAAAAAUGCAUGGCAAACAUCAGCCGCAGCAAUUGUGUGAGCAUCUUUCAAUUUUUUUCGAUUCGUUUUUAAUUAGACAACAAUAAAUUUUGUGCACCUUUAAUUAUAUUCUCAUUUUAAUUAGGCGCAAAAAUAAUGCCGGAGUGCAUACAGACACACACACACACACACACACACACACACACACACACACACACACACACACCAAAAUAAGAAUCGUUGAUUUGUUCGCAUUUUCAAUGAGUAAUACAACAAAUUGAAAUCAGUACAGGAAAUUAUACAAAUAGUUUAUGUCUUCGCCACAUACAAGCGAAUAAAUAAAUAGUUACUUUCUUAUAAAAAGGAAAGAUCUCCAGCGAAGAUUUGUGAUACGUAAAAAAAUGAAGAGAAACGAUUUAAAAAGUAAACGGUACUGAGAAUAAUAAUAAGAUACAAAAAUCUGAAAUUUUAAAAAUGAAAACAAUUUAAACAAAAAAUGAAGAAAGAAAAAAAUCAUUUCAAAUUGAAUGUAAAACCCGAACAUUAAAAUUAUUCCAUCUGAGUUAGAUUUAUUUCAA